AUGGAAGAUCUUCCCAGCGACUUACUUUUGAUCGUCCUUCGCAAGCUAGCGGCUCAGGACCCCAUCUCUUUGCUGCGGGCCACGUGCGCCUGCAAGCUGAUUCUUCGGGUGACUGAGGAGAACCCAAUCGUCUGGAAGGAAGCGUUUCUUGGGUCGGCGCCCACUGAACAAAACACGGGCGGUCUUGAUGCUUACGUCACGUGUGCUGAGCUGGAUGAGCGGGUGGAUCGGCUGGGAGGGUAUAAGCAGCUAGCGCUGAUCAAAGCAGGUCGUCAGGGAUUGUCCAAUUCAAAAGUGGGGUCUGCUCUUCAAGAAAGCAUCAGCAGCAAAUUAGAUGCCGACUUCGAGAGCAACCUUUUCCGGUUUCUGGCUGUCUUUAGACAGCGAGGCCAUCUUCUUUGGGCUGCCGGUUACACUGAGAAGCCAAAGUCACUCACCGACUAUUUAGCCUUUGUUCAGCUACCAGAGAAAGGCGACGUAGCCGAAGCACAGGGGUUCUUCAUCUUCGAAGACCCUGACCGACUUCAAAAUGACUGGCUGUUCAAGUUUACAGUAAUGAUUGCGGCGGCUGGGAUCCUUGGCAAGGCGCUACAGCAUAUGCGGGGGUGGAUCUUGGGACAUCCGUAA